AAGUGGCUUCAUGCUGGGGACACGUGUGAUCGCAGCCCGGCUAAGGAGGGAGUAACAUAGGACUGAACUAGGAACUGUGCUACAGAGAAAGGAGAGGUGAAUGUCGGUUCGCUCCUCUUCCCAGUCCAUGCUGCUUCCCUUCUUGAUUCUCCACUUUGCCGUGGCGGCAACCUUGGCGCCAGACGUUGUAGCUCAGUUUGAGGGGGACAUCACUCUGAACUGCCUCUUCCCAUCCCAGCCCGGGAUGAACCUCCAGCGUCUGACCCUCACCUGGCAGAAGGAGCAGGCAGGGGCAGAGGCCCUGGUGCUUCAUAGUUACUAUUACGGGAAGGAGCAGCUGGAGAGACAAGACCAGAUUUAUAGGAACCGGACCCAGCUGGAUCCAGAGGGGCUGGCCCGGGGGAAUGCGUCCCUGACACUGAGGGGCGUCCGCAUCCAGGACGAGGGCAUCUAUCUCUGCCACAUCACCUCGGAGCAGGGCAAGAUUUCAGUGAGGAGGCAGGUUGCAGUGAUGGCCCCGUAUUCGGAAGUCCGACUGGAGGUUAGCGUGAGCAGCCAGGUGACCCUGACCUGCCGUGCGGAGGGCGGGUACCCCGAGGCCUCCGUGCUGUGGCUGGACGGAGCCAGGAACAAUGUGACGGCGGAGAGCGACACCAGCCUGCAGAGAGACCUCAGCGGGCUCUGUGAUGUGAGCAGCCGAAUCCUCCUGGCCAGGACAGGGUAUGGCAACUACACCUGCAUCCUGGAGAGCCCCAGGCAGCCCCGCGUCGUCCGACACCUGAGCGUCUCCUGCAGCUCAGAUAACUGUACUAACAACCUGUGCCUGCCUAUCACCCUGCCCCUGAUGGUGCUGCUGGGUAUUCUGGGAAUUCCCUGGUGCUUACUGAGGCGCCGGUUCUCGUGGUGUUUGGCUGCAAGCGAACUGUGACACACGUAACAUGAGCUGCUUCUCUGUGUCUCUAUCCCACCUUUGUCUGGGUGUACGUCCUUGGAGGCAGGGCCUGUCUCUCGUAACAGGACGCUCGUGCGAGGCUGUAGAGAAACAACAGUUCCUAAUAGAGACCGAGGCUCUGGUUCAGUGUGUGUUAAGUGUCAUCUACUGAUGGUCCCUAUAAUAAUCUACUACAAAUGCAACAUGACUCCCUUAUUUUCUUUCAUAGAGUGAAGUGCUAAUUAGACUGACUGCUUUAGCUCCAUACACAGGAAAACAGCCUUCUACCAUUGCCAGCUAGUGGAGUGACUCCUUUAGCUCCACCUAGAAUAGAAGUGUGCUAGCUCGACGGCGAUAAGCCCCUCUGAAGUCCUGGGUGCCUUUGUCUCUUUGAAAGAUGCAUUUUCUUUCUGUUCAGAUAAAUCCAGAGCUGCCAAAAUCCACCUACCGUGAGCGCUCAGGUUUUGCUCUGCGUGUUGGGCAGCCGUAUGACUUGAUUAGCCUGUACAUGUCCCAGCGGCCACAGUCCUUUGGCAAGUGUCCUGUUCAUAUCGGACAUCUUCCAGGAUAGUCAUGGCUUCCUAACCCCCAGCAGGGCGGGUACGAUGCCUCCCAUGUAACAAGGGUCACACGCGCACACACACAAAACUUUUCAGCCAAAUCUUUUUUUCCAGUGAAACCCGUGGCUUCAGCAGCUGUCCCAAGUUUUGUGAACUCCAGCUGGUUUUGCUGACUUGUUUGUUUCAGGAAGAAAAAUAAAACCAUGGAAAUGU